AUGGCCGUUACAACACCGCCAAACAUUUCCGCAAGGAUUUUUUAUGGACUUCGCACUGACAUUCAGUACAAUGCACAUUACUUAACAGACUCGGAAAUAAUAUACCCUGCAGGUGGGGUAAUUGUUAUACAUAAUCACUUACAGAAGAAACAGAAAUUCAUUAGGCUCCAAGAUAAGCAUAAGCCGAUCAAAUCCCUCGUAUUAGCACCUAACAGGCGUUGGCUAGCCCUCAAUGAAAUAGCUGAGGAAGGACAAAAACCCUAUAUAACAAUUUACGAUUUAACGACGUAUAAACGUCGCAAGAUUCUGACCGUACCAUUUGAAAAUUCAACUGCAAGGGAAUUUGCUUGUGUCCAAUUUACAUUUGAUUCUAAAUACCUUGUCGCUAUAACGGGAGAGCCCGAUUGGUAUUUAUAUUAUUAUAACUGGGAUAAAGGUAAAGUAGAAAGCCAUGCUAAAGCCCAAAAUCCUAGUGGCCAAGGCAUUGUUGAAAGUGUACAAUGUAAUCCCGCUGAUGCCACGCUUGUAGUUAUAACUGGACCUUACACAUUUCGUAUUAUGAAUGUUUCUGAAACGGUAUGGCGACAGUGGGGUUGGUGUAAAGCGGAAAAUAUAAACAUUACAAGUAGUAUGUGGUUGACGCCGGAUCGCAUUAUGUUCGGAACGGAUAACGGAGUCAUUAUGAUGGUGGAAAACGGUGAAUUGAGGCAAAACUGUAUCUUCCAGGCAUUUGAUGUUAUGGAAAUGUCUCUAAAGAAGGUUGAAGCCGAAGCAGAUGAAGGUGAUAAGACCAGUGUUUCUACUAAACAAGAGACUAGCAGCGACCAAGACACCGCUCGAUCCGACAGCCACCCUGUAACGUGUUUCGUUAAUUUUCCUAAAGGGUUUGCGUAUGCGUGUGGACCAGGUUAUGUGCAUAUGUUCGAAAAGGAAACGCCUCAUCAUUGGAGGAAAAGAAAUCUUUUCCGUAUAUCCAGGAAUUCCUAUAAACAUACCCGAGAGCAUCCUUUAUGGUCUCCACUCGACGCUAUUCAGCACAUAGCAAUAGAUCCUAAUCAAGAGACAUUAUUAAUAACAACCCUCAGAAUACAACUAUAUUUUGUUAAAUUAUUUGGACAACACAUGCUGCAGAAUCCAGAAAUUGCGUUUACCGAGCUCGGUCCAGCUAUGCAUUACGGAAGUAUCAAUUCCCUCUCAAUGUGCGCGUGGAAGCCAAUAUUCAUGACGUCUGGUGAACAGGAUAAAAGUAUAAGAAUAUGGAACUAUAUGACAGAUGACGUAGAGCUUAUUAAACUCUAUCAGGAGGAAAUCCAUUGUGUCUCAUUGCAUCCUUCUGGACUAUUUGCUAUAGUGGGAUUCUCCGAUAAACUUAGAUUUAUGGUAGUAUUGAUUGACGACUUUGAAGUAAUGCGAGAAUUUCCAAUACGCAAUUGCAAACGUGCAAAGUUCAGCACAAAUGGGCAUAUGUUUGCAGCUGUGAAUGGACAGAUCAUUCAAGUAUUCUCUUCGAUUUCUUUUCAAAAUGUAUACAAUUUGAAAGGACACAAUGGCAAAAUCACUUGCCUUGCGUGGUCUGCAAACGAUUUAACCUUAGUGUCCUGUGGUUCUGAAGGAGCAGUUUAUGAAUGGAACAUGUCCUCAGGACAACGAGUUGGAGAGGUUAUUUUAAAAACUAAUCAAUUUAGUGCCUGCGCAGUUAACAGCAACGGAAAAACUACGUAUGGUGUAGGAAGUGAUGGUGAAAUUAAAGAAAUCGGCGCCAACACAAUAAGAAGGAAUCUCAGUCUCAUCGGAUGUGGACUUGACACAAUAAUACUGUCUCGCUCUGACUUAAUGCUAUUUAUCACUGGAGGAUCCGGUGGCGUGACUGCAGUACAAUUGCCACUUUUGGAUAAAGCUAUAUUCAAUGAAUUUCAUAUGCAUAAUAAGAAAAUAACAAGCAUUGCUUUAGCGUAUGAUGAUCAGACAUUAGUGUCAGUAGCAGAAGAUUCGUCUAUCUGUUUAUGGAGAUUGACAAAUGCGGACGGUAGAGCUAUUGCUCUGGAUAAAGACUUUGCUUACUCUAAGGAAAUUCUUAUCAGUAAAAAGGAUUUACAAGAGAAGAUGAAUAGUAUUAACUUGUUGAGCACACGUAUGAGUGAAUUAGAAACAGAACAUACGUAUCAACUUCGUCAAGCCGAGGCAACGCAGGCUGAAAAACUUAAAGAAGUACACGAAGGUUACUGCGCUGCGAUUGAAGAACUUAAAGAAAAAAACGAGCAAAUGGAGAAUGAACAUACUCACGAAAUUGGUAUGAUACAACAAGAUAUUGCUAAGCUUCGAUCUGGACAUGAAAGGACAUUGCAAGCUUUAGAAGCUGACUUUAAUAUAAGACUUAUCAGUGAAUAUGAUAGAUAUCAGAGUUUAGAAGAUAAGACGGCAAGAAUGAGAAAAGAAUAUGAACAAAGACUUGAAGACUUAGCUGAGAGUAAACGGCAAGCUUUACGUGAAUUAAAUCAUUCUUUUCAAGUAAAAUUAGAGGAAAAGGAUUUGAUCCUUCAAGAGUUGCAAGAACAAGCUGAUAUGGAAAAAAAGGAACAUGAAACAAUAAAAUCCUCCAUCGAAGAAGAUGCUGAUCGUGAAAUAAUAGAAAUUAGAACUGCUUACGAAGUGCAACUUAAAGAAGAGAAAGAUGCAAAUGUGAGGCUCAAAGGUGAGACGGGGCUUAUGAAGAAAAAGUUGAUUUCCGCAAACAAAGAAAUUGAUGAGUUUAAACAUCAAGUGUUGCAACUAAAAGCCGAACACAAACAAUUUCAAAAAGUCAUAUCAACACUGGAAAGAGAUGUUGCCGAUCUAAAGAAAGAAAUAUCUGAAAGGGAUAACACAAUUCAAGAUAAGGAAAAAAGGAUAUACGAACUAAAACGUAAAAAGCAAGAACUGGAAAAGUACAAAUUCGUAUUAAACUUUAAAAUUACAGAGCUUAAAAAUCAGAUAGAGCCCAAAGAACGUACUAUUCGAGAAUUAAAGAUACAAAUUGAGGAUAUGGAAAAUGAAGAACUAAAAUUACUCAAUGUCAAACAUGAUCUUGAGCUUAAAAUUAGUCAGCUGAACGAAAAAUUAUCGUCGGCCAAGAAAGAUUUUGUGACGGAAGCGGAGAGAAACUUAACAUUGAAAAAUACAUUAAAGAAAAUAAAAAUCGACCUUCAUAACAUGACGGCGAAUUUCCAAGAUCCUAUGAAAUUAAAAUUAAAUGUUAAGGAACUGUUCCAUAAGUAUGUGGAAGAUAUUGAUUUUGUUAGAAGUCGCAUAGCAGAGGAUGAGGCGAUACGCGAAUUCAACCGGCAACGAGAUCACCUCGAGAAGCAAGUGGCUGCCCUUAAAAUGCAAUUAUCGAAAUCCCUUGACGGGUCUAAGAGUGACAUUGGGAAAAUUAUGGACGAGAAUUGUACCCUGCUGACGGAAAUAAACAACUUACGUACGGAAUUAAAAUCUACACGCACAAGAUGUUUUCAAAUGGAGUCCAUACUUGGUCUCUCGGCAAGAUACAUACCGCCCGCUACAGCACGGGCUAAACUAAAGCAUGUCACGGAGGAUAGAGAGAAACUUGAUGAAAAGUUUAAGCAAAAAAUCGAGGAACGAGAGGAAAUCAUUGUGGCUCUAAAGGAUGAAAAUGAAAGAUUGCUCGGGAAAAUGCGGUGCUUAGAUGAACCGGAAAAAGAUGAGGGCCCCGGUCCGAACGUUAAUUAAACUAUAGUUUUCUAGUUUUUAUCCUUGUAUAUUA